UUAUCUAUCUUAUUAGUUAUCAAUAAUUUAUUAUUUCUCUUUGAUAUUUGAUUUCCUACUUUUAUUUUGUUCAAUUUAGUUGAAUUUAGUAGUAUGCUUACUAAAAUUAUAAUAACUUACAGUACCUACGUCUUGCAUAUUGUACUUUCAAGGUAGCUCAUCAAUCUUUGUUGGCAGUUGACACAUUUAUGAAUUUAUUUGCUCUUUACACGGUUCACUAAAUUCCUAUUUAUUGAUGCAUUCGCAUUAAUAAUUACCAGUUAUUACCACACUAAUAUGUAUUUACAAUGGAGGAAAAUAAUCAAAAAAAAUCAGUAUUUGAAAUUUCCAAAACUACUAUAUCUGGAUAUACCAUCGAAAUUGGAAAUACCACUUAUGAAAAUACUUUGGAAGAACGCAUUCAAGCUGCUAGAAAUGCUUCGUCAAGUGCUAAACUAGCACAAAAACAAAACAUAAAAGAAAAAUUAUCUAAUUGCAGGAAUGUAAAAGAUAUAAAUUUUCAAAAUAAUAUGGCUGUUAAAAAAUUAAUGAGUAGUGCUCAAGAGUUUAAAACUAAAAAUAAACAAUGUGUGUCUAUAAGUAAAACAGAUAAUCUAAAUUCUACUCAUGUUCCUCUUUUAAACUUUACUAAAAAUAUAUAUUCAAAUUUUGAAUCCAAAUGUAACACAAGUUUGUUAAAACCAACAUAUAAAGGAAAUGGUUCAAUGCAACUCCGAUUAGAAGCUAUAAAAGAUAAUAGAAAGAUUUCUAAUAAAAUUUCAUAUGAAUAUAAUAAUACUUUAGAAUCAAAUAAUCCUUCAAAAAAUGUGAGUCUUCAAGAUGUCCCACCAACAAAAAAUCAUAGUUCUAAAUUAUGUCAUACUAAUGUUGCCAAGCGUUAUGAGUAUAACACUAGAUCAACUGUACAAAAACAUUUUGAAGAAGUUAAAUAUGCUGGACACUGUGAUCGUACUAAAGAUAUUACUAAUAUACCAUAUAAAUCAGUAACUUCUGUACAAAAUAGACUCAUGCGUGCAAGAGAAAAAAUGACAGCUAAAUACAAAGAUAAUUCUGAAGUAAAUGUUUUAAGACUUGGAAAUAUUAAAAAACCAUCAGAAUGUGAAUUAGAUAAUAUUCAUCAAGAUACAAAUACAUUGGGCCAUAACAUUAAAAAUAAAACAAAAAGGUUGAACCAAACUAAUCAAAAUAUAAAAAAAAAGAAAUCUGGACUUUUAUCAGCUACUAAAAAAAUCAUUUUAAAUAAUAAUUCCUCUAUUGAUAAAUGUUUUGAUCAUCAGCUAAUGAAUGUACAACAAAAACCAAUUAUACCAGUUAUAAACAAUACAAUUUCAUCUAGUUCUUCUUCUGUUUCAGAAGCAAUUGUGUCAACAAAAUUGGAAAAUCAAUGCAUUUUAAAAAAUUCGAAGUUGAAUGAACUAGAUUCUUUUAGUUUUGUUAGACCACAAACUUCUUGUAAUCAACAAAUAUUAGAAAAUAAAAAAAAUACACAAUUUAAUAACGAUGAAUGUAUGGAAUGGGAAGAUAUAAUUGAAACAGAUAACAUAGUUGAAAAAGUUAAUGACUUGAGAAGAACUAAACAUGAAUUUGAACCUAUGGAAUGGACACCUGAUUCAAUCAUGCACUCUGAUAGAAUUAAUUACUGUUUAGUGAUUGAUACAAAUAUACUUUUAUCAGCUUUGAAAUCAAUUACUGUUGUUAUAGACAAAUAUUUAACUGACUAUGGUUAUCCAACAAUCGUUUUACCGUGGCAAGUUUUAAAAGAACUUGAUUGUAUAAAAAACGGUGAUAAUACACUAGGUUAUCGAGCACGUGAAGCCACCCGAUGGUUAUUAGAAAUGCUUUCAAAACAUCAUCCAAGAUUAAAAGGUCAACCUAUGACAAAAAAAUUUAGUAUGAGUUCUGAUGAUGAUAUUUUAAAGUGUGCCAUAACUGUUAAAGAAAGAGUGAAUAUUGUAUUUUUAGUUACCGAUGAUAAAAUUUUAAGCAUAAAAUCAGAAUUUAAUGGAGUAUCAGUUAAAAACUCAGAGUGGCUCCAAAGCUUAGCUACAAAUACUAAUCAAAACAAAUCUGAAAUUUUCCAAGAGGCUGUUAAAAGUUAUCCAAUUAUUGAAAACAAAUUAAUUGUGAAACUUGAACCCCAUUUAGAACAUACUAUUUUAAGAGUCUUAAAGUGUGCUGUAGAUCUUAAUAUGAAUUAUUCGAAUCAUACACAAAAGUUCUGGUGGCAAAUAUAUUCAUUGUCAAAACCAUUCAAUAUAACUCAAUUAUUAGAAAAGUUAAAAGAACACUGGAAUAUAAUAGCACCCCAUCAAUUAUUUAAAGUUCCUAAAAAACAAUUGGAUUAUAUGGAAUAUUUUUUUAAUGAUCUUAAACUAAUCUCACCUGAAAUUAGCCUUAGUUGGAUUGAGUUUUACAAUUUUCUCAAGUAUUGUACAGAAACUAUAGUUGCUUUACCUUAUGAAUAUUAUCAUAUUACUGAUGUAAUUUUAAGCGAUUUAAUGAAAGCUAGAAAAACUUUAAAACAAAAACUAGAUUGUACCACACUUUGUGAUAAGUCAUUUUAUUCAUUAAACAAUUUAAGUAUUUCAAAUAAUGAUGUUAUUAAUAUUGAUGAAAUUUUGUAUAAUAUUUCAAAAGGAGUUGAUACAUUUUGCUCCUAUGUUUACAAUGCUAAUGGUUUUGAACGUGACUGGUCUGAAAACGAACAAAAAUGUGGUAUAGUUCUUCAACCAGUAAAUGUUGAUGAGACAAUUAAAAACUAUUGUUGUAAAUUAUCAAAUAUUAUCAAAAUCAUGUUAAAAAUAAAAUUACUAAAAACUGAACAAAUAUUGGAAUCUCACAUAAUUAUUGAUGCAUUUUUAAAUUCAAUUACUGUAUUUGAUAAUGUAUCUGUAAACAUAACUAAGGAAAGCGUCAUUAAUUAUUGUUUGCUGAAAAAUAAAAAUUCAUUUUUCCAUGUAUUGAUAUCCUUUCAAAAUAAUCUGGCAGCCAUAAAAAAUUUGAUUACUACCAUUAAGUUGUAAUGUUAUAUAUUUAUUAAUUUAUUAAGUCUAUAUACUAUUUAAU